UGCGCACACGUGACGAUCAUUUCUCGUGUCGUGGGAAAGUUUUCUGGAGGCGAUAUUGAUACAUUCGGAUCAAACGCUCUUUACACCCCUUUCCUGUUAUUAAACACAAAAUCCUGUGUUCGUCUCGUCUGUAGAAGUAAGAGCAAGUAAGAGUUUCUAUGAGUAACGUUCAAACUGUGCCAAUUUAACAACCUUCCGUUCUAAGGAACAAUAUGUUUUGAUAUGACAGUAUCGCACAAAGCCAUAUCCUUUUUCUCUUUUGCUCUUUAGUAGAUUUGAAUUAUUUUUCGUCUUCGAAUUCCUUUUAUUUUGGCUGUAAAACAUGCCAGACUGAUUUCAAAAUAAGAUUAUAGCUGGCCUUGUUGAUUAGUAGAACAUGUGACACAUAACAAUGGAGCGGACAUCCGGAUAACGUGGGAGAUAAAAACACUUAAAAACCAAUUCAGGCGAAAUAAAAACAAAAUCCUUGAACGUAAUGUUGAUCAUGUGUACGUCCAAAACUCACAAUAACAAAUAAGUACUAUUUGAAGGGCUUUUUUAUUCCAAGGUGUGAUGACAACAAAACGAGCGUAGUGUCUGAAUUUACGCAACCGCACACCCUAAAAAACAAAUCAGUGACAUGUUACUGACUUCGCCAAUCCGAGAAAGUUUACGGUAGUUUUCACGGUGUAUCAUGUUUGUCUGUGUAAUUGUAUUUCCCGCACAUGGCCGCCGUAACUUUAGACGAUGCUCUUUAUAUCAAUUUAAUCUAGCUUAAUCUGCAGUGUCUUAAAGUUACUGACAUAAUAGUUUGUCUGUGAAAUUGCAUCCUCUCAAUUGCAGAAAGGCACAAAGUGUUUUUCUUCCUUAUUGUUCGUCUGGCGGGGAACUGCUUUCACUUUAUGAAUAGCACAGCACUGAUGUGAGGCCCCCUUCUUUUCUUUCCAAAAAGUAAACAAACGUAGUGGUGGUGUCUCAGCAGCGAGAGCGGGGCGAAUUGCUGUAGGUUACAGCCAGUAGCGACCUGUGCAAAAACAUCUGUUGCAUCUUGUUGUCUGACCGUGGUCGGCCAGAAUUAAGUUAUCCUUGACACUUUUUCUAUACUUGCCGGUUUUGCUGGUUUUUCAGUCCUCAUUAAUCUUUUUUUAGAGCUUUGAACAUUUGAAUUAGACAACGGUCGCAAUGUAUCUGGUUUAUCAGUUUUUUUUAACCUUGUAUAGCAAACAAAAAAUGAACUUCCUAAAACGUCCGGUGUCGAUGUCACGUCGGCCAAUAAAACGUAGAUCAGUCAGUGUUGGUAAUCUUUAUCCAUCCAUUUUCUUUGUUUUGAAAAACUGACACUUUAAAAUUACAUUUGCAGUGCGCCUGGAAGUCAGCCCCGUUUCAGAACGCCCCCGUCACAUAUCCGAUAACUACGCAAACGGCUUGUUCGUUGAACAUUUGGUCGACUCAACGGAACUUAGAAACUUUCGACGUGUGUCACGCUUCGUACCCUUUGUAUAAAACUCGGUAAUUUUUUAUGGACGUUUCAUAAAUCACCGUGUAAGCUUGGCUUACAGACAAUUUAAUGUGUCCAGAGCAACAAAGUGUCUUUUGCGGUAAAGUUCCGUAGUUUUGGCAUGAGAUCUUGGCUACAAUGUGCGUGGGUUCUUAGAAAGAUGGAGAACAAGCUGAGAGGUGGCGGGGUUAAUAAGUUAACGAUGUUUUUUUAAAGAAUUUUCGUUCAGAAAGGAAAAAAGGAAAAAUAUGCAUUGUUACAAGCAGGAACAAGACAAUCGAUGUAGACCAUCAGUGAGUUAUGUGGGUGCAUGGAAUAACGUAAAAAAGCGAAAUAGGCACUAAAACAUGACGUCAAGCUUUGCUGUAAUACGAAACAGUAUAGUUCUAAUUUCUCUAGAACUAUUAAAAGUCUGCCAUAGCUGACUUGGUGAGAAACUGUGGAUCAAUCAGUUUCACGCAAACCGUCACGCCGUGAAAUGCUGGUUUGUUUUUCUGCCCUCUUGAUCUCAAAGGAACAACGAGAGCGGCAUGUGACGUGUUGUUAUGUUCAUGUCGUGACGUUUCUUCCCACCCGAAUCGUGACGCGAUGGUUAUUUGCCCACCAGAGUCGUGACGACAGUAGCGAACAUCCACCGAAUGCGAUACGGAAAGGCACGAGCAACCAGUUAUUUAUAAAUUUAUUCGUUGAUUUCUCGUAUUCAGAAAAUGCUUUUAGUCCUUGUCUCAGCUGUUGUGAAAAAACGUAUUUUUCCUUGAAUAUUUCUUAACUUUAAUGACGAUGCCCGGCGAAGGCGGAGGUAAUUGAUGCAAUUUUAAGAACGAUCUGCGGCGUUGUGACGACAGUGACGAACUAUCUCCGAAUGAGAUACGGAAAUUUACGAGUCACAAAAUAUUCUCUUCCAUAUUCACAUUGUAGACAACCUUGGACGAAGCAUCGCUUUUCAAUGAAAAGGUUGUGACAUUGCCGGCUCUUCAAGGAUGCAAGAUUCUUCCACAUUUUCACAUGCAGGACCAGGGCGUUUAAAUCAGCUUGGAGGUGCUUAUAUCAAUGGCAAACCACUUCCAAAAGAGAUUCGGAACGAAAUCCUCGCGUUAGCCCUCCAAGGAUUUCGUCCUUGUGACAUAAGUCGUCGUUUACGGAUUACCCAUGGCUGUAUUAGUAAGUUACUGUCCAAGUAUCGUACAACUGGCUCAAUCCAAGCUGGAGGAGAAAGUGCAGGCCGACCCCGAGUGAUCACUCCUCGAAUAGCACAGAGAAUCAUGGAGUACAGAAAGGAACAACCAGGUCUGUUUUCUUGGGAGAUACGAGAUCGUCUUGUUCAAGAAAACCUGUGCAGUAAGGAAAGUCCUCCCUCUCUCAGUUCCAUCAGUAGAUUGUUGAAGAAUAAACAUAAUUUGGACACAGCGCAAGGAAUUAUCCGGAAACGUAACAGCAAUUCCUACAUGAUUGCCAGUAUCUUAAAUCUACCGUCUAGCCAGUCGUCAUCGUCGAUUCCUCCAUCGAUGUCGUCUACUUCUAUAGAUAGUCGUGGAAAAAUGGUUGAACAGAAACAGACAGAGAAUACCCAGGAUGCUGAAGACUCACGCGAAACUUUUCCGCUGCGGAUUCAGAGAAGAGAACGCAUCAAGUACACGAGCCACCAACUACAUGAACUUGAAACAGCAUUUAAAAUCAAUCAGUACCCAUCUGUGUCAGGGAGAGAACAACUAGCAAGAAAAAUUGGAGUUACUGAGUCCAGAAUUCAGGUGUGGUUCUCAAAUCGAAGGGCAAAGUGCAAAGCUAGAAGGCACUCGACUAAUGAAGCAGAUUCAAGAACAAACGACCCAAAAGACUGCUCGUGUCGACGGAUUUCAGACUCUCACGUACUACCGAAAAUGAUGGGACCUGGUACAUCAAGAAUAUUCUUUCCACCUGAACAACAUUAAGCUGUUUGUUGCACGAAAUGUGCCUAAUGGUGUGGUUCUCAAAUUGAAGAGCGAAGUGCAAAGCUAGAAGGCACUCGACUAAUGAAAGACCAAGACCAAGACCAAACCACCCAAAAGACUGCACGCGUCGUCGGAUUUCAGACUCUUACGUACUACCGAAAAUGAUGGGACCUGGUACCUCAAGAAUAUUCUUUCCACCUGAUCAAUAACAACAUUAAGCUGUUUGUUGCACGAAAUGUGCCUAAUGAUAGUACUUACUCUUAAAUAUUUAGACUGGUUUUCUAGAUUGGCCCAUUAAAUCUACACUAGUCUCUUCCCAGAGAAUUAGCUUUAUGUUUGAAUUUGUUCUAUUCACACCUCGAGUGAGCUUUCUAAGAAAUACAUUUCCUAACCUACAAAGAUGCCUCUCUUCUUGCCCUGUGCGUUUCAAAUGUUUAAAUGAUUCAUGGCUAGCAUUGGAUAUGAGAUGACACAUAACCAAGGGAGGUUAAAGUCAUGUAAACAUAUUACAGACAUAUUAGAGUGACAUAUGUUAUAGUGACUGAAGUGAGCUCUUUCUUUCCCUUUUUGCUGCUUGGUCCGGUGCAAGAGCCCAAAACAAGUGAAUUUGUAUGAGGAAUUUUUUAAAUACUCCUUGCAAUAAUAGAACCUAAUUUCAAAAUU